AUGCCCGUCAAUCGGAGAGAUGCUGGAUAUUGGUGGGUAGCUCUGUUUCUAUUGUCCUUGUUCACCAUUCGAACUGGUUUUUGGAUUUUGGAGCAAUCGGGAGGUUCCUGGGAUGUUGACGAAGUGGACGAGCUCAACUCCGAUGAAUCAGUGACCGUUAUGGAUGAAGUUUCAAGUCCUUUAGAAGAAGAAAAAGUGGAAACAGCAGACGUGGAAUUUGAACCAAAGGAGAUCAUCAGCACACAGGGCCCAGAAACGACGAAUAGGCCAUUUCGAAGACCUCGGCUGGGGAUUCGGCGUAUUCAGCGUGAAAAAGAGUACUUGCAGAAAGUUAAGGAGGAAAAGAAGGGCAAGAGCGAAGAUAAUUCGACUAGGUGGAGUGCAAUAAAUGAAGUUGUCGACGGCUCUGUCGACACUUCAUCGAGCAGAAUUUCCUUCUGCAAAGACGAUUGGUACUCCCAAUUCCUCUUCUAUCGCGAGUUCCUCGGAAAUCUCUCUGUCCUCGAUGUCUCCUCCCUCAGAGAUUACCAUCUAUCCGAGCAGGGCAUCUCCAUCUGCGAUAGUCAUCCUCACUACGGAGUGGUUUCCAACGUGUGUCUGAUUCCCUACGGCAACCAGCUCACUCUCUACGGCGAAAACGCCGACGAGGAGAUCCGCAAGGGCGAGCAAACGUCGCCGCAUCACGAUUUUUACUCACCGCCGUCUCCUCUGCGCAGGCGAUUCCUCCCGUGCGGCUGCAGCGCGCCAUCCACAACAAGCAAAAUACCGCCGUUUUUAGCCCGCACAGUUUUACCAACAUUUAUCAUUUCCUCGAGGGAACCAGCCAAAUGGUCCGGCUGGUUCUCCACCCCGAGCUCUUCCCGCGGGUCCCACCCAUACAAUUUAUCUCACGCACAGAUCGAUCAUGUCUUGAUCUCCCACCAGCCUUCCUGCGACCCCUCCAAAUGGCCUUGUUUUCUGGAAUACGUGUAUCUGGACCUAUUUUCGAAGGCUCGACGCCCCGUUCUCCACAUCAGCAAGGACGACAAAUUCCUAAAAAAGGGCCGAUUAUGGUGCGCGCCGUUUCUCGCCGUGUUUCGAAACUGGGACUCCAGGGGCGGCGGCAAUUUCUUCCCCGAGCCGCUAGGCGUCGAUUUGAUUCGUGCUGCGGCCUAUCGGAGAGCGGGAGUUUCACUUCCGAGGCGAUUAAGCCAUGAUCGGCUGGAACUGGUGCAGAUUCGGAGGCAGAACAAGCGGAGGAUUCUGAACGAAGACGCGCUGCUGGCGCAGGUGCAGGGCAAUUUUUCGAAAAAGAUUUCGUCGAGAAUGGAGAUUUUGGAGGAGAAGACGGCGGAGGAGCAGGUGAAACUGUUCAGUGGAGUGGAUAUUUUGGUUUCUGCGCAUGGAGCCGGAUUAAGCAAUGUGAUUUUUAUGGUGCCAAAUUCGUACGUGAUUGAACUUAUGCCGCCUUAUUGGGAUUGGGCGUGCUAUCGACGACUCUCUGAGAACACGGACAUGCAAUAUAGUAUGAUUCGAUCAUAUGGCAAGAAGGGACCGGAGUGCGACAAGCAUGCGACGUCGCGUCUGUGCAGAGAAAAGGGAAUUCGAGAUCGAGAUUUUAAUGCCGAUAUUGAUGAGGUGGUUGAUACAGUGAAAGGUGCAAUAGGGAAAGUGUUUCGAAAGAAGCUUUUUACUUUUUUGUUGGAAAUGAGUGAUGCACAAACUGAAGCGGAACAAACAAAUGCGGGGUACAAGGCGGUGAUGGAGAAAUCAAAGUAUGCAGUGCUGGAUCUUUUGAAGCAGCUGGAGAGUUUAAUGAAACAGCUCGAAGAUUCCAAGCGGGAAAUACCAGUUCUGCAGCAGGCCGUAGAGGAAGCGAAACGAAAAAGAGAGAGUGUGGAAGCAGAGGCGGAAAUCGAGUUAGAAAAGCUAUUUCCUGGAAAGCGUAUUUUCAUUGCUUCGGAUACCCCUGAGAAAAUAUCUUCACACUUUUCAAAUACAUUUCUAAGGAGCUACAAGCUUUCGGAUAACUCGUUUACUAUUUUGGAUUAUCCAUUGAAUUCUACAAGAAGUGAAAAAGUUUCCGACAGCAAAUCCGAAGCAAUAGAGUUGGCAUCCAAUUCUGAAGUCCCUCCUCAAGCCAUAUCUACGGGAGAAGAUGACUCGCUCUCUCAAUCCGUAGAAAAGAAGGCCAUCGAUGCAAUCCGGAGACUAUUUGCAGAAGCUCUACACUCCCAAGCUCCCUUGUCGGAUUCAAACAUUCUUCGUCUCCACUCGCCUUUUUCAACAUCUGAAAUAUCAUUCUACAGACACCGUACUUGA